AUGAUUUUCAUUAUUAUUUGUAUCUUUCUUUUUCAACAAUUACAAAACGAUCGAGUUCUUGCUGAUAUUGUUGAUGUCAGCGCUGAUUUAGAACUUAUUCGUGUGUAUUAUAAUAUGCCUGGACUAUCUGCUUUAGCUUUCAAAAAUGGAAGUAUUGUUGCACAAGGAGCAUCAGGUUAUCGACGACUAGGUAAUCCAACACCACUUCUCGUCACUGAUCGUAUUAAUCUUGGUUCAUGCUCGAAAUGGAUGACAGCUACACUGGCUGGUCGUCUAGUUGAUUGA